GAUAAAAGGCCAUAAAAGAAGGCAAAACAGGUUGAGUCGAUAGUGUUUUUGAAGCGUAAAAAACGGCUCAUGGAACGGCUGGAACAGUUUUCAGGAAAACCAGGAGUUCAGGAUGCUGUUUUGUGUGGAAAAGGAGUACAAUCACUGAAUACUAUAUCAGUAAAUGGCUGUGAAAGGAUUUCUGAGCCGAUGAUUGCGAAAGAAGCAUGUGAAACGGGUCUUGGAGCGUCCCAGAAUAUGUCUUUGGUAGAGGGGGUAGGAUCACGGACUAAAAAGAAGAAAAAGAAACGUACAAAGCAUAAACUUCCUGAAAACAGUGGAUCUGGAGUUGUUCAUUUGGAGACGUGUUAUGGAAGAAGUGAUUUUUCUCUUUCAGAGUGUAAACAGGCAUGUGAAAACCGGUUUUUGAAUGAGCCGGAAUAUGACCCGGCCUCACCGAAUCUCUCGUUUCCUAUUCAUAGAGAGCUGCCAUUAACAGCGUCUUUUUCAUCUUCUAAUAAUAUUUUGGGCCCUAUGGAAAAAAAAGCAUCGAGUCGUAAAAAAAAGAAGAAAAAGAAGGCGGUUAUUGGGGAUUCAUAUCAUUCUUCAGUAGCAUCUGACGGAAUAGUUCAACCUCCUCCACAAUAUCGUGUAACUUCUAGAAAGCAAAAGGAUCAAAUAUGGAAUAUUAGUACACAUGAAGAACGGGAAAGGAUUAAGGAGUUUUGGCUGCAACUUGGAGAAGAAGAGCGUCGGGGGCUUGUAAAAAUUGAAAAAGAAGCAGUAUUGAAGAAAAUGAAAGAGCAACAAAAGCAUUCGUGCUCCUGUUCUGUUUGUGACAGGAAACGUAUUGCAAUCGAAGAAGAGCUUGAGGUACUUUACGAUGCAUAUUAUGAAGAAUUGGAACAGUAUGCAAACCAGCAGCAAAGGUUUAGUUCUUUAUCUUUAUUACGCAAAAAUUCUUUGGCUGGGCGUCCAGAGGAUUUAGAAGAUAGCGAAGGCAUGCUCGAUAGUGAUGGAGAGUAUGAUGAAAGUAUUUUAUCUGAGAGUGUUGAUCCGAGAUUUGAUUUUUUUAAUUUUGGGAAUAAUCUAACUGUUAAGGGAGGAAUUCUUACUGUUGCAGACGAUUUACUUAAAAAUGAUGGAAAAAAAUUUAUAGAAAUGAUGGAACAACUUGCAGAAAGACGGAUUCAGAAAGAAGAAGGGACCGUAAUGGAAAUCGAAACAACUGAAUUUGACUCGGAUGAUGAAGAUUAUGAUGAAGAAAGCGAAGAUGAUGAAAUGAAUACUUUGGAUGAAGAACAACGGAUAGAAGAGGGACGUCGAAUGUUUCAAAUAUUUGCUGCUAGAAUGUUUGAACAGAGAGUAUUGAUUGCUUACCGAGAAAAAGUUGCAGAGGAAAGACAACAACGGUUGUUAGAAGAGUUAGAAGAAGAGAGCCGUCUUAAAGAAGAGCGCGAAUUAAAGAAGGCUAAAGAAAAAGAACGUAAAAAAGAUAAAAAGAAGUUACAAAAACAACUCAAAGAUCAAGAAAAAGCCAGAAAAGAAGCUGAACGUCUUGCGGAGAAAAAUGCUUUACGUAUUGAAGAAGAAAAACGAUUAGAAGAAGCUAAAAAGAAAAAAGAGGAAUUAAGGUUGAAAAGAGAAGCGGAAAAAAAGGCAUUAGAAGAAGAAAAGCGGCGUCAACUUCAAGAUAAAGAAAAAGAACAUGAGAGAGAAAAAAAGAGAAAAGAAAUAGAUAAAGAGCGGCAGAAAAAAGAAUCAAAUAUAAAAAAAGAAAAAGAAGUUAAAGAGAAUGAGAAUAAAACACAAAAUCCUAAAGAAAAGAACGAACAUGAACAAAUUACAUUAGAAAAUAUAUCGAAUAAUGCUAUUUCUGUAAAUCAAUCUCCGAAAAUUGAGAAUCGGGACUCUUUUUAUAGCAUAACGGAGCCGAUAAAAGAAACAAGGUCACCUGUUUCUAGUUCAUUAAAUUCAUCGUCUAUUCUUUCAUUAAAAACAGAACAUGAAUCAGACAAUUCAUUAUCAUCAUCAUCUGUUAUAUUUUCUCAAUCUCAAUCUUCACUUGGUCUACAAAAUACUUCUCAAAAAUCACCACAUAUGUCAUCUAAUUCAAGUUCUACUUUACAGCAUCCUCCUGGCUUUGAUAUUACUCUUGGUCAAAAUCUUUCAUCUACCCAUUCUACAUAUCAAUCAUUAACAUCUCAUCCAAUUAUUAAUAACGUUCCUGGCGGGAUUUUUGCUUCAGCAUCUGUGUCACCGAAUCAACAAUACGAUUACUCUUUAUCUCCAUUAAAGUUAUUUAAAGCAACUUCUAAUAAUUAUAAAAACGAAACGUCAUCUCUUUCAGCGAGUUUAAAUAAUUAUCAUUCACUACCUAUUACAUCGACUACAACAUUUCCUCGUCCAUUUCAUCAUAUAGAAGAUAAAGAUCAUAAUAGUAUAACAGGGGUCCUUGAAACACGGAAUAAAGUUUUAGAUGAUAAUACAACACGUGUUGUGUCUAAUACUACUGCAAAGCCAAUAAAAAGGCCAUCUCCUAUUCAACGCCCAAGUGGCACUGUAUCUUGUAAAGAUGAGUCACGGAAAACACCUACAAUCAGCGAAUUGAGUGAAGUUAUGGGAAGCAAAGCACUUUUAGAUGAUAAUGAUAAUGAUUCGAUUAUAUCAAAUCAUAUAAAUGAUGUUUCUGGUGGAUUACCAACCCGUUCUAAACCUAUUUUCAGGAGGAAUUCCCCAUUUUUAGAAUCAAUAAAUUUAAAUCGUCAUAUUUCAGGCUCUCAAGAAUCACGGCAUCGCAAUAUUUCAGAUCAAUUAUGGCUAUCUGGGUUAUCGAAUUCUCGAUUUCCUGAUGUGUGGCCUCCAAAUACCAAUUGGAAUAAUAAGUAUUAUAUUAAUCAAAAUUUAUUGCGGCAACGGUGUAAACUGAUUUGUUUGCGUCUCGAUGAACAAUAUGGUCCUAAAACUCGGCUGUUUUUAGUUGAUCAGGUUUUAAAUUUAUAUAAUGAUUUGUUUUCCGAUACACCUGUACAAACAAAGCAAAUAUUGGAUGCAUGUGCAAUAUCUGGAAAUUCUCAAAAUGGGGGUGGUUUUUUCACGUGUAAAAUAGAAGGACAGCAUGUUAUGAUAAGAUAUGAUGACAUUCUAGAUCAGACACCGUGCAAAUCUGGAUUUUCUAGCUUUUCUACAAUGGUACUUCCUUCCUCUAAUUCUCCUUCAGCUGGUCCUCAAUCUCGAUGGCCAAUAAAUUCAUCUGUAACUGGUGCAUUUUAAACGAGCAUGUAUUAAAGAUAAUUUAGCAAUUUUUUAUUGCUUUUUGAAAUCAUCGA